GGUUGUCACUGUGAAGCCCAAUCUUGCCUCGGGUACUGAGUGUCUGGAUUACAGUGUGAAAAGUGGAUCAGGUGACUCAUAUGCUAAAGGAUGGUACGGUCAAGAUCCAGAUCCCCCAGGUGGAAACAAAGGUCAUUAUCACCACAAUCUAGGAAUUUUGAAUACUAUGAGGAAAUACAUUUCCAUGGGCAUUAUGACCCUGAAUAUAGAGAUGAUCCAAAAAGACCCUUUACUUGGAGACUGGACGAUGAGAAACGUUUACAGAAUAAACUAAGGAUUUCCCCUCGUGUGAAUCCUUAUUAUCGGUCUUAUGAAAAUAGAUCACCUUCCCCAAAUAUAAAGUCUGUAGAAAAAUUUGACACAUAUAAUCCUCACCAAGAAUAUUACCCUGGAAGAGGGGAUGAUGACAGAAGAUCUCAAUAUAUGCCCACAUACUCAGAAAGUGCAACAACCUAUACAGAGCAUGAAAGGGAUUGCUAUUCCCCCCAAAUGCAAGGAAGGUUUAUUCCUGAAGAGCACAGAGUUAGAGGAAGUGGGAGAGGAGGGAAGCCAUCUCAGAUGUCACUGGAAGAUUCCUUUGGAUUUGAAGAGACAUGGCAUGAAGAUGAAUUGAGACACCAGAGGGUCCAAGAAGAAAACUAUCCUCAGUCACCCAGAAGAGGCUCAGAAGACUUUGAUGCAAGGAACCCUUUUCAGAAGAGGUAUCCUGAGGAUCAUGAUUUCAGAAAGUAUGACUACACACCAAAAAGACCUACAGAUGCAGCAAGGUAUGAAACUAGAGAGCCGGCCAGAAUCUCAAAGUGGAAGCCUGAGCAUUCUUUUGUACCUUUUCAAGAGAAGGAUGAAGAGUGGAGCUACGGAUCACAAAGCCAUAGAUACACUGAGAGAGAAUACCCAGAGCUGAUUUCAGCAACCAGAGUAUCUUAUGACUACCGUCACAAACAUCAUAAGCUUUCAGACAGUGAGCAGGACUUUCCUGAUGAGAGAUUUCAGAAGUACUUGAAGGAAGAAGACAGAAAAUACAGUUCUCUGAAAGUUUCUGGAAAUAGAGAGUCAGAUUGUUUCAGUACUGCAAGAGGAAGAGAGAAUGAAAAUGAUCAGGUCAAUGGGCCCUUUCAACUAUACAAGAAAGACUGCAUUUCCUAUACUAAUACAAAUAUAAAGGAAGCUGAUUUGGGGCCUUGCAAUGACAAAUGGAAGGAAAAAAUAAAUAAAGAAGAUUGCAGAAAAGAGAGUGCCUCUUCUAGUAAACAACCUGAUGCAAGCCCAAAGCAUGAAGAGAAACGAUAUUCAUUUGUCAAGAAGAAAUCACUUUCUGUUCAAGUAGAUGUGAACAAGAGGAACACAUUUAGGUCCACUUCUAGAUACUCUGCAGAGAGGCAGCUAUCACAUGAUUUGGUUGCUGUGGGCAGAAAAGCUGACAAUUUUCAUCCAGUAUUUCACCAUCUCAACUCACCUCAGAACCCUGAAGACAAACCUGCAGAAGAGUUUGCUCAGGAAAUCAUCACACUAAUCCAUGAAGUUAAAGCAAGUUGUUUUGCACCAUCUAAUGUUACUUUAAACGAGCGUUUCUCAAGAAUACAAAACAGACAUGAUGCAGAUUUCAAUGAAAUGAAAUUGAAUUCAGAUCCAGAAUUUCACAGGAGAAUAGAUAUGUCUUUGGCCGAUCUUCAGAAUAAGCAGACUAUGGUAUAUGAACCAGAUGAGACUCUGGUCAAAGUAAUAGAGCCAAAUGACCUGCGACAUGACAUUGAAAGAAGGAGAAAAGAGCAAUUACAGAAUGAAGACGAGAACAUUUUUCAUAUGACUAGUCCUACAGAGAGGAAUCAUCAGUGUCCCAGUUUUUCAAAGAACUAUACUAUGCAGAGAAACGAUGGCAUUACUCAGAAGAUAUUUAGAGUUGAAGAAAAUCAUCAAAACAGAAGAGGCCCUAGAAGGUCUUUCAAGAACUUUCUGGGUGGCAGAUUCCAGCCCCAUUUUAAGUCACAUCUGGUACGGAAGAGCUUGUAUAUUCAGGCUAAAUACCAGCGUUUACGGUUUGCUGGACCAAGGGGAUUUAUUACCAAUAAAUUCAGAAACAGAUUUCUGAGGAGAAAAAAGGAAUACACUAUAUUGCCACAGAAAACCAACUGGGAAUUGUUGCAAUGGAACUGGCCCUACAUGAGGACUUAACUGAGGAUGUAACUGAGCAUCUUGUUUGGUCAGGAAUUGGAAUUGACACUAAGACACUAAUACUGUAACUUUCUUGAUAAAAUAUCUUUAUUUUUCAGUAGUGGAAUACUGCAACUUUUUUACACUUAACAAUCACUGUUAAUCACUGUUAAUUCAGUUUUAAAGUUGUAUUUAAC